AAGAAGAAAUAAUGAUUUCAUGGUUAAGAGAUAAAAUUGUAUCGAAAGAACCGUUCCAGUUUGUUUUUAAACCCCGUGCCUGUCUUAGUGUAAAUCGUUCGGGUUUGGAUGGCUGAGUUGACUCAGGCCGAGGUGUACUCGCCUCGGUCGUUGCAAGUAUGGAGAGCGCUUUUGAAUUGGCUGACUUUUUUCUAUCAGAUAUUUGCGCAGAUCAUCAGAGCCGUUGGUCAGUAUCCUUUGCCUUCUUCUUCUUCUUCGACAACGACGACUUCGACUUCGACGCACCGUUUCAAGCCCUUGCCUGUGGGUGACUCGACUGCAAUCGAGUCUCCCGCUACGGUCGAGAUCGCUGCCGUUUUGGACUCACCUGUCCCCACCGAUGAAGACCGCGUCAAAAAGCUCACGGUAGUUCUUGACUUGGACGAAACUUUAGUAAGUGCAUACGAGACAUCUAGUCUUCCACCUUCCCUUCGUAAUCGAGCAACAGAUGCCGGAGUGAAGUGGUUUGAGUUGGAAUGUGUAUCUUCGGACAAGGAACGUGAAGGGAAGCCUGAGGUCACUUACGUUACGGUGUUUGAGCGCCCGGGCCUGCAAGAUUUUCUAAAUGAACUAAGUGAAUUUGCUGAGCUUGUACUAUUUACUGCUGGCCUUGAAGGCUAUGCUAGACCACUUGUUGACAGAAUUGAUGCAGAAAAUAGAUUUAGUCUUCGACUUUAUAGGCCUUCUACAAUUAGUACGGAAUACCGGGAGCAUGUGAAGGACCUCUCCUGCCUAUCUACUGAUUUAUGCCGAACCGUUAUUGUUGACAACAAUCCUUUUAGUUUCCUCUUGCAACCAGUAAAUGGGAUUCCCUGCAUCCCAUUUUCUGCUGGGCAGCCACAUGAUACACAGCUUCUGGAUGUCCUCCUUCCACUUCUCAAGCACCUUUCUCAGCAAAGAGAUGUGAGACCAGUUCUGUACGACAGGUUCCGCAUGCCCGAAUGGUUUCAAAAGCAAGGUAUCCCCCCUUCUAGUUGGUCAGUGUAGG